AUGGACUACUUUUCAAAAUUUCUGAGAACGUCAGUCCAGCCGGCUGCCAAAAUUUCCAUAGAUCAUGCACAAGAGUUCCAUAAAUCCUGGAACUUUGUCAAGAAUACACUCCUUCAACCAGAUGAACGCCAACUGACAAAGGGGAUAAGCUCAACUGACGUGCCUUCACAUCUACGUUCGAUGGUGGAUUCGCUUGUCUGGGAAUCUACAAGAACAGAAGAGGGAGGCACUGGUGCUUGCUUAGAAUACCUCCUUAAGAACGAUGUUCUUGGGACGCUCGUUCGGCUCAGUGAAGCCGAUCGUCCAUCAGGCAUCCAAGCAGAAGUUUUGCGCGCGGUACAGAAUAUGGUGGUACUGUUGGACGAGCAAUUUCUGGUACAUUCUGCAGUUCACAGGGCGGUGCUAAGGCUCCUCCGCAAUUGCGUGGGGGACGACUUGCAAGAGCAAUUAGAUGGACGAAGCAAAGUUAUGGGUGCUGCAGGCAACGCGGCUAAAAGCCAGCCCUCUGAACACGAGGAAGAUUUGGUCAACCUCCUCUGCAUCUUGUGUAGCCGUAUUCGGACAUAUCGCGAGCUUCUUAUGAUCUUCUUCCAUGAUAAACAUUGGUAUCGAUCCGAGCCCUUGUUCUCUGUCGAGGAGGAAGAAGAGGAGGAAGAGGAAGAGGAUAUUGAUGUUGCGGAAGAAGAUAAGGUCGACGAGCCGUCGUCGCCAUCUCGCUCUACCUCACCUAGCCCCUCUCAAGCCACCAUAACUUCUAUUCAAGCCCCCUCUUUGGCAAAGAAACCGGAAUAUGAAUUCCUCUUGUUUAAUUACCUUCUUCGUUUUGUCCAUCGUGAAGGACAGAUAGGGGAAUUUGCUCGCGCAGGCCUAAUUUUCCUAAUGGAUGUCGCCAUGUCCUCGGGAGAGUCAGGAACUGGAUCAUCCAAAGAUGAAAAUUUACACUCUCCAGACACACCUAUCUCUGACCCCGUUAACGACGCCGCUUUGGCACUUGCUGAGUAUAUCCUUGACGGCGAUUUUUCCGAGGUUUUGGGUGCUGGUCUAGGCGCCGUAUAUUCUCUCCUCCCUUCGAAACUCGGCUUCUUCCCUCAAAAAUCGUCGUCAGAUCCAAGUAGCAACACAAUGACGAUUGGUAGCACUGGUAUGGAGACUGAAGACGAGAACGAACAGCUCAUGGCCUUGAAGGAUAGAAAUCGUGCAAUGGGUAUCGAAGAUGCUCAGAACUCUGAUUUCAAGUCACGACUAGAUCAUUUCCUAAAAUUGCUGGAAUUUCUCCAGGAUGUUUUGAGGCGCAACGUCUCUCAUGAUAAUGUCGAUGCGUCGGCACUGGUCGGAACGGCCAUCGUUCAGUCUAUCUUAGACGCCGUCCGUCGUAUAUUCCUCGAAAAUGUGUUAUACCCCUCCAUCUUGGAGUGCUCGGAUGCGGAUGGGAGCGCCGUCGCUGUCAUGUCAUAUAUCGAGAUCAUGAUAAGGACCCUUCAACCAGGACCCCUAUCCAGCCUACUUGUCAAUUUUCUCAUCAACGAAGACAAUGAUGAGCCCCGACACAGGCAGCGCCCACAUGCAAUGUUAAAUUUGGGUUCUACUCCGCCUCAAACUGGGUCUUCGCAUGAUAAAAACGCGAAACUCAGAAGGCGGAAGAGUAGUGCAAUGGUGCUAUUAGAAAUGGAAGCACCCGAGUCCAGAAAACCAUCAGAAUACUUUACCUCUAUGGGCCGAUUUACCCUCAGAGAUCUUCUUCUUUCCAACCUGCGAUCAAAAUCUCAAGCAACAGCAACCUCCGCCCUACAACUUCUGCAAUCAAUGCUCGUUUAUCAUCCUGAGUUGACCGUCGCACGGCUUCUUCUCGUAAUACCCGAUCCAAUGGCAACCGCUUUUCCUUGUCUUGUUUUGCUCAAGCAGCGUCGUGAAUCAACGCAUUUAUUUGAGUCUGCUGAAGAGGAUGAUGAAGAAUCAUUUCGGUAUCCUGGAGAAGAGAAAGAAGAUGAGACCAGUUUUUCUUCUUCUACGAAUGACUCAAUGUUUUCUCAGCCUGAUACAACCUACUCCACCCACGAGCGUGAAAUGGGACUUUAUCUCACUCUUAUAUCUCGCGUUGAUUCAUCGCACAAAAAUGACGGCUUCAGUACGGGAUACGACCACUAUCUUCGGGACGCACUUAUUUCAGUCCAAAGUCAGCCAGUAUAUUGGCUAGCGUGUCAGAACUCUGAUGAAGCGGCGUCAACGCGGCCACUCAAGCAUCGCUUAAACCCCAAUGACCCCGUACUUUCUCGUCUUUUGGAGUCCAUGAGGGCUUUCUUCUCGAACACUCCUGACUUCAACAUCACCCUGACGGGGGUAUUAGCUACUUUGGCGAUUCAUCCUUAUCGUUCACUUGCUGGCUGGUUAACUGUUGCCCACGAUGACACAUCCUCCGAUGUACAAAGCGCAGUUCAGGACGUAGAGGACGACGACGGAGAUGACCGUUCCAUUGACUUCCUCAUCGAGGAAAAGCUGGCUAAUGAUACAAUUUAUCUGCCAGCUGCAAGUAUGGAUGACAGUUCUCGACCGGUUUUGUACACCAUAUUCCAUGGUCUUAUCAAUCAACUUGAGCGAUACCGACAACUAGUGGAUGACUUUGACAAAUUUUUACUCGAGAGACGGCAAGGGCUUCUCUUCUCGGAAAAUUUGACGGAUGCCCUCCAUCUUUCGCUGGAUAUCGUUGACGAGUCAAAGCCGGUUCUACCCACGUCUGACAUCACUCCAAAAGCGAAGCUCAAGCCCCCAAAGGCAUCGGCCUCGUCCUUCGUAUCAUUCCUGACGCCAAAAAAAAGCAAAGCCGUCCGACCACCUCAGCCAGAGCCAUCGACGCCUCAGAAAGCGCCCUCAAAGAAUACACCAGCCAGUCCUUUCGGCGCACACUAUCAGCAAACUGGGUCGAUCAGCGUCGAGCCAUUCAUUGCCCCCGUCCCAUAUACAGCUCUAUGGACCCCCUCUAAAGUGACCGCGUGGAAGUCGGUUGAAGAAGACGUCUUCGGGUCUGGCUGGGUCGAGAAGGAAACGGACGAGUGGGAAGCGGGCGAGAAUGUGGAUGACGGAAAUAAGGCUGGGACGACAGUGCGGGUGACGUUGUCGCAACUCCUCGAUAAUGUCGUCAUCUUGGAGGAAAGCAUAAAAGAGCUUGUGGCCAUUAUUCAUGCCCGACGGAGCCUGGGUAUCGAUCAUCUUCGUUACCUUUGA